AUGAUCGACGCUGGAAAGCUGCAAGAGUACGUGAAAAAGGGUUUCGGGAAAGGUCCUGGACAUUUUGGCGCAGCACAUGUGAUUAACGUCAGUCACAUCAUGAUCCAUUCAAUGACCAAGAGGGCUUUAGAAGAUGAAACCAGGAGAAAACUCAGGCAGUUAAAAGAAUGGUACUUGACAAAUCAUAUCGAUUUUUUCAGUGGAAAUGGAGCAGAAACUCGGGAGAUUGGAUACACAAAGAUCGAGUUCUCUCCAGAAGACAUGAUAGGUUUAUAUGCUCCCCAGAAUGAUGUUAUCGUUAUAACUGCUUGGAUUGGCAUGUUUCGUGUUCACCUGAUUCUAGUGGAUACAGGAAGCUCAGUGAGCGUGAUGUUUUCAGGAGAUUAUUCCUCUAUGAAUCUCCCACACGACUUGAUCGAAGAGGAUGAAAAUCCAAUUAUCGGUUUUAGUGGCGAAGUUACGAAGGCGAUAAGAAAAGUGAAGAUACCUGUAACAGUGGCUGACAAGUCCAUUCUAGGCAAUUUUCUGCUGCUUGACUGUAGAGCUCCCUACAAUGCGAUCGUGGGACGAGACUGGAUGCAUGAUAUCGGUGCAGUCACAUCCUCAUAUCAUCAAUGUUUGAAGUUUUUUACCCCUGAAGGAGUCGUGAAAGUUAGAAGCGACCAGAUGGCCGCACACAAGUGUCACGAGAGUGCAAUGGAUGAGUACAAGAAAUUUCCUAUUUACUUCGUUAUUGCGUGA